AAUGGAUUGCACGUCUAAUUCUUGUGCUUUUCGUAAAAUUUUUGAUUCAAAGCAGAGCUUCCGGCCUCUCUGUUUCAGGAGGACGGACAUGCAUACGCGUCAAGCCGUUGUUGUGUGGCAAGGACACGAGCGUGCAUUUUGUCGGUUGCCUGCUUUGCUUUCCUUGACCAGAAUAAUUGGUUGGUUUGACGCGUUAAUCUAACGGCUACACAGUCGGCAAUUACAAACCGUUAAUGAAGGUUUCGUUUCAAUGAUUGCAACGCUGAUUUCGUUUUGAUAGAAAAAGCUGAAGUUUUAAAGCCAAAUUGAGAAAAAUAAAUAAAAAACAAAGUCACAAAACUCACUUGAUAUACCUUGUUUUGUUGGCUGAGUGAGUUGUGUUGCGCGAUUCAGUCUGCCGUUGACUAGCGUUUGUGUUGAGUGUGUGGCGCAGCCGACAACGAGUGUCGUGAGUCGUUGAAACGGCUUUUCUGUGCUUACUCGGCAGCACUCAAAUAUCCCGCCAGUGAUUUAAGCUGUGUGUUCGUGGGCAGUGGCGCAGCGGACCUCACCAAGGAUCAGUGCAAUAUAACGGUGGACAUCUUCGAUGUCAAUUCUCCGGAGGUAAAAAGUCCAAAUGUCGGCCGGCCGUUAACCUGCUGGUACCGCUUCCGUACGCUGAAAUGUGCACCGCAGGACUUUGUGUUGCGGUUGCGUUUUAAAAAAAUUUAAAGUGGGCACACUGCUGCAACACACUGCAAGGGCGGAUAUUUUCAGGGAAUUAAAAAAUUAAUCUCGGCAACUUUCGACGUGGAUUAUGACGACAAGAGUGCAUCGAUGAACUAAAAUUUGUAUGGCUAUGAAGCACCAUCCUAUAGCACUGUGAAAAACUGGUACAACGAAUUCAAUCGUGGUCGACGCUCGCUCAAAGACGAAUUCCGUGAAGGUCGUCCAUAAACAGCCGUUGUGCCAGAAAACAUCGAUGCCGUACGUGAACUGAUAAUGCAACACCAUCAUGUAACAUACCUUCAGAUAGAGGCAUGCCUAUGCAUUUCUCCCACCAGCAUACAUUCGAUAUUGCAUGAACACCUGGCCGUAAAAAAGGUUUGCUCUCGUUGGAUACCGCACAAUUUGACAAUCGCUCAAAAAAAGGCUCGUGUGGAUUGGUGUAAAGAAAUGCUGAAAAAAUACGAUCGCGGAGCUUCAAAAGACGUUUUUAAGAUCUUCACAGGUGAUGAAUCAUGAAUCUAUGCGUAUGAGCCCGAAACAAGACAGCACUCGACCGUGUGGGUCUUCCAAGACGAGCCAAAUCCAACGAAAGUUGUUCGUGGAAGAAGCACUUCGAAGCAAAUGGUCGCCUGUUUCUUCGACAAAACUGGUCAUGUGGCGACUGUUUCGCUUGAGCAACGUAGGACGGUCAAUUCUGAGGGGUACACCACCAUUUUUUUGCCCGAAGUCUUCGGAGAAAUUCGAAAAACGAACAAGAGAAGACGAAUCAUUGUGCAUUAUGACAAUGCGAGCUCUCACACAUCGGCUUAAACCAGCACCUUUUUGACCGGCCAAAACGUCGAAUUGAUGGGUCAUCCGCCGUGCAGCCCUGACUUGGCGCCUAAUGACUUCUUUUUAUUCUCCCACAUCAAGAAAAUAAUGCGUAGUCAACGAUUUUCGUCGCAAUAAGAUGCUGUUGAAGCAUUCAAAAACCAUGUUUUGGAGGUGUCUCAAUCGGAGUGGAAAAAGUGCUUCGAAAAUUGGUUUGAGCGCAUGCAAAAGUGUAUAAAUCUUGAUGGAGAAUAUUUUGAAAAACAGUAAAACCAUUUCGUUGUUUCUAAAUUCAAUCUGUUUUGUAGUUGUGAAAUGAAAGUUCUUUUAAUUUUUUCUCAAAUAGUAAAUGAGUUACGAUAUAGAAGGUGACUUAAGUGCGACAGCUAAUUAGAAACAGUUGUUUAAAGAAUUAAAAUUCAUCAAGAUGUUAGUAAAUAAUUAAUAAUAUUAGUGAUUUAUAGGAAACGUGAGUUUCAAAAUUGUGGUUUAAAAUAUGUUAAAAUGUAUAAUGUUACUCAAGUUUUUGAAUGAGAAAAAUCUGCAGAAGUACAUCUGCCCUACGUAGUUACAUUUUUGGCCUUCUUCAGCCUGGAAAGACGUACAAAUAAAUUGUGAAUCAGAUCAAAUGCUCAACAAAAAUUGUUUUCAAUGCCUUUAAACAUAUGCAGAAUUUUAAAACUAUUUUCAAUGUUGGAGAGAUUAAAAUGUUAAAAUAAGGCUUUCAUAAAUAUUUACGACUUUAUUUAGAUGGAAAAGACGCGGCAACAUUAAGUUAAGGGUUUAAGAAAACAAAACAACAACGUCAAAAGUAGAUUUAACAGAACAUCAUUACGUGCAGCAACGGUAACAUCAACUAUACUCUAGUGCAGCGUUGUCCACGGCCUAUGCGCACAAUAGCGCACGGACAGUGCCAGACACCUCACACCAACAUGUCGCGACAAGUGUCUGUGAAAGCACGAUUGUGCUACUGUAUUCAACUUCGUAGGCAAGCAAAGCAAAAUUUUGCGAUCAGUUGACGCUAGAACAACCAACACAAGCAUAACGUGCACACAGUCACGUUGGACAACACUGCUCUAGUGUCAUGUGGCGCACAUCUGUUUGUAAAAUUAAAAAAAAAUCAUUGCAACUAUGGAGAGAGGUUCAUGCAGGUAGAAAUUCAAAAUACAGUGGCACAAAACGAUUGGCACGCUGCUGAUGCCACUGGCGCAGGUGCAGCCUUGGUCCUCUUUCAUCGCAUUUGCAUCCCUACCAAGUGGCUUGGUAAACUGUUUAUCAGUUGCAGUGAGAGCGUCACAACGAGUUGAUUGCCACCAUUGCUACUUUUAUUCUUCAUUCAUAACUUCAUUAUUAUUAGUAGACAUAAUAAUUGAAUAUAUCUCAUGCCCAUGGGGCAAAAGUCCUUAUAGUUUAGAAGACCUCUGAGUUAUAAUAAUAUGAUCUUGCUUUAGAACUUAGCAUGAUAGAUUUAUAGAACAGUUUGGGAAUAUACGUUUAUAAAUUAACAAGCUGACCCGGCGAACUUUGUACUGCCUAACAGUCAAUGAAUGUGGUGUUACAGAUAAGCUGAACUUUAUGAUUUUUUGAAAGCAAUACAAUGAAUACAUAUAAUACGUGCUUCGCUACGUAUAAAGUGAAAUAUUAAAUCAAACUCAUUUAUAAAAAAAAUAUAUAUUUAAUUAUUUUCUAGCUAUCCAAAACAUUUGGAUAAACAAUAUUUUUUGUUUUUCCAUUUUGAGCAUGAAUAAACAAACGGCUGGGGGUACCGACUCUGGAACAGGCAACAUAAAGUUGGCCAUGUGAAAAACAUGAUUCCUCCAAAUUCACACCACAAACGUUAAAUGUUUGCCAUUGAGCUUUGUUGAUGGACAUCGCAAAUGAUAAACGCACAGUAUAUUGUAAUCGUUUGAAUUCAAAUGGCAUAUCAGUUGGAAUCAUAGGGAUACGCGGUAUUAAACAAACUUCUCCUUUUGAUUUACCAGUUAAGAUCGUAGCUUCAAUCGAAUUUGGCAAUACAUUUUUCACUGCCAAUCUGGUGCCAUUACACAGUUUUGGUGGAUUAAUAUUUCGCAAUAAUAUAAUCAAAGAACCCACUUUCAGAUUCAAGCUAUGCGGUGGCAUACCAGCCGGUUCUAAUGAAUUUAAAAAUGCAGUUGGAUAAUUCUUUGCCUCAUCUUGAUUCAUAGCACUGUCAAUUGAUUUAUGUGUCGUGACUACGCCUGGGAGUUUUGCUUGAAUUUGAAAAUUAAUGGCAUUGAUAUGAAUGUUUUUCGGUGCUAAAAUUGCGCGUUCUCUCAACCAAUCAUGUGUAGUAAUAAGUACUAUGUGUAUGAUAAUACAUCCUAACUUUAAGUUAUUCUAAUUAUACUUAUGUAUAUAUAAAGAAGUAAACCAUUGACGGGUUAAUUUAAAUAUACAUAAAAGAGUAAACCAUUGAAGGGUUAAUGUAGAUAUAUCCCGUUAACUUAAGAUUCGCUUUCAGUUAUUGUUGAUUCUCUUAAAAAGUUCAUUUGUAUUCAUGUAAACCAGUGUUGUCCAACGUGACUGUGUGCACGUUAUGUUGUGUUGGUUAUUCUAGCGUCAACUGAGCGCUAAAUUCUGCUUUGCUUGCCUACGAAGUUGAAUACAGUUGCGCGAUCGUGCUUUCACAGACACUUGUCGCGACAUGUUGGUGCGAGGUGUCUGGCACUGUCCGUGCGCUAUUGUGCGCAUAGGCCGUGGACAACGCUGAUGUAAACACAUGCUUGGUUGUCAUUGUCUUGACAUACAUAUAUUCAUGUUGCACAAGUUCAUGUAUCCAUUUUAAAAGAUAUACAUAUAAGUAAAUACAUAGCGUGUAAGCAGAGAAAAAUGUAUGUAUGUUAGAAUAAGUAUGUGUAACCGUUCUUCGGUGACAGAGCGAAGCACAGUACAGUUUGAGAAAUAAAAGCGUAAAGACGUGCCAUCCUAAAAUCUCAGAAAAAACUGUGAAAAAACAAAAAGAAGCGAACAAUUUUAUGAGACAAUUUAUGUAAAGUGCGUGUACAAUUUAAAGAUUUAAACAAAAAAUUGUGAAAAAACAAAAAGAAGCGAACAAUUUUAUGAGACAAUUUAUGUAAAGUGUGUGUACAAUUUAAAGAUUUAAACAAAAAAGUUAACAGUUUUAAGAUGGAUAAUGUGGCAGACCAUACAGUUGCACAAUUGCGUGCUUGGCUUGCAAUUUAAAGAUUUAAACAAAAAAGUUAACAGUUUUAAGAUGGAUAAUGUGGCAGACCAUACAGUUGCACAAUUGCGUGCUUGGCUCCGCAGACUGUACCAGGUACGGACGACGUUGCUGCUGCACAAAUGGAAAAUGGUAGCACCAUACAACAAGUCGAAGAGCAGCCAGUGAAAAUCGUAGCAGACGCAGGUCCGACAGAGGUUGAAUUGCUGAAGCGAGAGACAAAUUUAUUGAGACGUGAAAAAGAUUUGCUGGAGCGGGAGAAUGCAAUGCUACAGCGAAUGAUGCUUGGUGGUGAAACAUUGGGCCACCCGCAAUCGAAUCAAGCAACAAUUUCACUCGACUUGAUAAAAAAUCUGAUACCCGAGUACGAAGGUGGCGUUAAUUUCAAUUUGUGGGCGGCACAGUUUAAAAGCGUCACCAGUGCCUACACUAUAAAUGAAGGCGAGUCGCGCAUUAUAUUUCUUAACAAGCUGAAAGGCAAAGCACAACAAUGGUUAUAUGGCAACCCCGAUUUCGCAACUCAACAAGUAGAUAAGCUCAUCAGUCAAAUGAAUCAAGUGUUUGGUUCAGGUGAAAACAAAGUGGUGCUGCGGCGAAAAUUUGAGACCAGGAAGUGGAAGUCGGGCGAGCGGUUUAUUGAAUAUUUCAACGAUAAGGUGGUAUUGGCAAACCAACUACAGCUGGGAGAAGAGGAGUUGGUCGAAUACAUAAUCGACGGCAUACCUGAUUAUCGGCUACGCAACCAAGCGUAUAUGCCGUGCUACACAACAAAGGCACAAUUACUCCAAGCAUUUUCCAAAAUUGAAACUGGGCUAAAACCGAUUGCGCCGGCUCAGUCGCAGAUUCAAGAAAGAAGAUGUUACAACUGCAGCAGUCGCGGACACCUAGCAGCAGAAUGCCGUAAACCAAAGCGAGAGAUGGGUACGUGUUAUGGGUGUGGCAGUCGAAAUCAUCAAAUAGCAACAUGUCCAGAGAAGAAAACUGUCCACGCAGUUAAUGAAUAUGUAAGAUUAUUUCAUUUUGUUAUAAAAGAUUAUACAAAUAUUUAAUUUUCACUAGAAUGUCUGAUCGACUCAGGUAGCCUAAUCAGCUUCAUAAAAAAAUCUUGCGUCCCAGAAAAUUUGAAAUUGGAGUUUUUAUCAAAUGAGAAUAAUUUUUAUUCUGGUUUAAUUAAUACGAGAAUUGUAACUUAUGGAAAGUUUUUGUGUUGUAUUACAAUAAACAACGAAUUGUUUGAAUUAAAUUUUGUAGUAGUUGAUGAUUGCACUAUGUAUUAUGAGGCUGUAUUGGGAAGAGAUUUUUUGAGAAUUUGUAAUUUUAAGUUAUUCAGAGCUGAAAAGAAAAAUUGUUGUGAUGUAGAUAUGACAAAAAGUCGGCACGACGUUAAAACCGAACUAAAGUAUAAAUGUAAAAAAGAUAGUCACGGUAACGAAGAUAUAUAUUUAAAGAAUAUAUAUGUAAACGACAAAGACAAUGUGAAAGAAAACUGUAAAAUGAUAAUUAAAGAUUUAAGUCAAGUGACUAAAAAUUGCAAAGAAGAAAAUUUUGAGAAACAACUUUUAUUGAUGGCUAACGUUGUUAAUGAAGAAGUAAAUGUCAAAAUUGGCUCAAAUAUAAACUAUAACGAUAUCGAAAAAUUUAAUGAAAUUUUAAGUAAAUAUUAUAUAAAACCAAAGCGCGCGGCUGAGCCUAAAAUUAAAAGUGAGAUGAAGUUGGUCGUUGACAAUGUAAAACCUUUCAACUGUCCUCCAAGACGUUUGUCCUAUUCGGAAAAAAAUGAAUUACAAAAAUUGUUGGAUGAGUUUUUGGAAAAGAAAAUAAUUAGGCCGAGUGAGUCAGAAUAUGUGUCACCAAUUGUACUAGUGCGUAAAAAGAAAGGCGACAUUAGAAUGUGUGUUGACUAUCGGUCACUUAAUAAGGUCACAGCAAAGGACAAUUACCCUAUUCCCUUGAUAGAUGACCUGUUAGAUAGAGUAGCAAACAAAAAGUUGUUCACAAAACUCGAUCUAAGGAACGGAUUUUUCCAUGUAUUUAUGGAAGAAAAUUCAAUUAAAUAUACUUCGUUCAUAACACCUUUAGGGCAAUUCGAAUUUUUGCGAAUGCCAUUUGGGUUAAAAAAUGCACCAUCUGCAUUUCAACGUUUUGUAAAUAAGAUUUUUCUAGAUAUGGUGAAAGAAAAUAAAGUGAUAAUAUAUUUAGAUGACAUAAUGAUAGCUACAGAAACUGCGGAGGAACAUUUAGAAAUAUUAGUAGAAGUUUUCAAAAGGUUGGUCGAGAACAAGUUGGAGUUACGAAUUAAUAAGUGUGAAUUUUUGCUGCAAGAAGUAAAAUAUUUAGGGUACACCAUUUCACAGCUAGGGGUUAAAGCGGAUAAAAAGGGUUUAGAGGCGAUUAAAAAUUUUCCAAUUCCAACUAAAGUUCAUUCUGUACAAAGUUUUUUGGGUUUGUGUUCCUAUUUCAGACGAUUUGUAAAGAAUUUUUCGAUUAUUGCUAAACCGUUUUAUGAUUUAACUCGUAAGGACAACAAAUUUCAGUUUGGGGCUAAAGAGCUACAAAGUUUUGAAGAACUCAAACAAAAGUUAUUGGAAGCACCGAUAUUAGCGAUUUAUGAUCCCUUGGAUGAAACAGAACUACAUUGUGAUGCAAGUGCAGUAGGGUUUGGUUCAAUUCUGAUGCAAAAGAAAGAAGACGGGAAAAUGCAUCCCAUAUUUUAUUUUUCUAAAAGAACAAGUGACACGGAAGCGAAAUACCAUAGCUUUGAACUAGAAACGUUAUCCAUAAUCUAUGCAUUUAAACGAUUUAGGGUUUACCUUCAAGGGUUAAAAUUUAAAAUAAUUACUGAUUGUAAUUCAUUAACUAUGACACUAAAUAAAAAAGAAUUGAAUCCUAGAAUAGCGAGGUGGGCACUAGAGCUUCAAAAUUAUGAUUACAGUUUAGAGCACAAAUCAGGUACACGCAUGCAACAUGUUGACGCUUUAAGUCGCAGUAAUGAUAUUUUACUGGUGGAGUCCAACACUUUUGAAGAAAAUUUAAUCAUAUGUCAGGCAAAAGAUGAGAAAUCAAAGGAACUGUGAGGCAUUUUGCAAAAAUCUGAACAUAAUUUAUACGAGAUGAGAAAUGGGGUUAUAUAUCGAAAAGUAAAUGGUGGAAGGAUCCUUUUUUGUGUUCCUGAAGCAAUGGAAAGGCAUGUAUUAUUUAAGUAUCAGGAUGAAAUGGGUCACAUAGGUGUUCAUAAAACAGUGGAUCUUAUUUCAAAACAUUAUUGGUUUGCUAAGAUGAGAGAAAAAGCAGCUAGCCACAUACAAAAUUGCUUAAAAUGUAUAGUUUUUUCGUCGAAACAUGGGAAAGAAGAGGAUUUCUUGCAUAAUAUUCCCAAAAAUGAGAAUCCGUUUGAAAUUAUACAUGUAGAUCAUUACGGUCCUGUAGAUAAUUCGAGGCUAAAGAAGCACAUUUUUGUAGUAAUAGACGCCUGUACAAAAUUUACUCGCUUAUAUACUACAAAAACAACUAAUGCAAAGGAAGUGAUUACGUCACUCAAAGAUUACUUUCGAGCGUAUAGUAGACCAAAAGUAGUAAUUUCGACAGGGGUAGUUGUUUCACGUCAAACGAAUUUACAAACUUUUUAGAAGAGGAAAACGUUCAACAUAUAAAGAUAGCUACUGGUUCUCCACAGGCUAAUGGACAGGUAGAAAGAGUGAACCGGAACCUAGGUCCGAUGAUAGCCAAGCUAUGUGACACAGAACAAGGAAUUUAUUGGGAUAAUGUGAUUGAAACUGUUGAAUAUGUGCUAAAUAAUAGCAUUCAUAGAACAAUUAAAGAAUACCCUAGUGUAAUGCUGUUUGGUAGUAAGCAACGAGGAAAGGGUGUAGAUCUGCUAGGAGAAAAUUUAAUAAAAGAUAAGGAAAAUCAAAUACAGCAAAGUCACAACGAAAUACUGUCACAAGCCAAAGAAGACGAAAAGCGAUUACAGUCCUAUAACGAGGAUUAUGUAAAUAAAAAACGACGGACAGCGCACAAGUACAAUCCAGGUGAUUACGUUAUGAUAAAAAAAAGGUUGCGUGGAGUCCUACGCGCGGAAGAAGUUAUACUUCUUAGCUGUGUUCAGAAAUGCAUAACAUUUUCUAUGAAAGAAAACUUAAAUUCACAUUUUAUAAUUUUAUUAUGCACAUUUUAUAAAGCAAAGUCUAAAUGAAGGAAUUUUAAUUCGGAAAGAAGUUCUGUCUCUUCGUUGCAGAAGGGAAUAUGCAGAGUAAACCAUAUAUCUUUUGUAAUCCAUCAACACGCGUUGAAAGCCCAGCAGUUAUCGGUCAAUUGACGAUCGUUGAUUCAUCAGUAGUUAUAGAUGCUCCCGCAGAGAUUGAUGAAACAGCAGACGUUGAAUCUUUUUACGCGCUCUCUGAUAUUCCUCAGCUGUUUUCCUCUUCCUCGGUUGGCUGCCAGCUAUCAUUUCCAAUUUCUCCUUUUCCCGCUCUGCUUUCUUUCGUGCUCGGUAUUCACGAUAAUAUUGUACUGUUUUCCUCCUUUUAAAACACGGGCUACAAUCUCAA